AUGCCUACUGAUGUUGAUCCUUCACUCAAUCCAAAUUCAGCUUACUAUCUCAGCAAUAAUGAUUUUAAUACUUCAAAAUUGGCCAAUAUAGUGUUUGAUGGUAAGAGUUUCAAUGACUGGAAAAGGUCUAUGAUGAUAGCAUUGUCUGCUAGAAACAAAUUGUUCUUUGUUGAUGGAACAUUGGAUCAACCAGCAACAAACUCAGAAAAUUUUAGAAUCUGGAACAGGUGCAACGAUAUGGUAAUCUCUUGGAUGUUAGGAUCUCUUGAAGUUUCAAUUGCAAGAAGUGUUCUGUAUCUCAAAACAGCAAGAGAUAUCUGGUUAGAUCUUGAAGAAAGAUUUUGUCUAUCAUCUGGUCCACAAUUGUUCUCAGUUCAGCAGAAACUAUGUGAUUUGGAUCAAGAUGAUGAUGAGCAAAUCUCAGGAUUUUUCACUAAGAUCAAACUUCUUUGGGAUCAACUAGAUGGUUUGGAUCCUUUACCAUCUUGUGUGUGCACUGGCUGUAAUUGUACUUUCACACAGAAACUUCUGAAGUCUCAACAGAAUCAAAGGUUGAUUCAGUUUUUGAUGAAACUGAAUGAAAAGUAUGAUCACUCUAAGAGCACUAUUCUCAUGAUGAGUCCACUUCCAACAAUCUCAAAAGCAUAUGGAUUAUUGCUUCAAGAAGAACAACAGAAAGAAGUCAACAGCAACAUAAAUCACAACUUGGAAUCUACUGUGUUCACUGCAAGAAAGUUCACUGAUAAUAGACCAUACAAAUCUAACUAUGGUUCCAGUUCUGGCAUACAAAAUGCAGGUGGAAAUCAGCCAAGAAACUUCACUUACAGUAGAAACAAUUUAUACUGUGAGCAUUGCAGAAUGAAGAAUCACACUGUUGAUAAAUGUUGGAAGUUACAUGGCUAUCCUAAGGAUUUUAAAGGCAAAGGCAAAAGAGUAGCAGUAGCUGCUCAGCUAGAGGAAUUUACUGAAAAGGAAAGUCCAACUGAGGGAGAUACAGGAGUUGUUCAUGCCACCUUUACAGAAGAACAAUACAAUAAGCUUUUAAGCUUGCUUAACACUUAG